GAUCUCACCUCUUCUCCACCCCCAAUAUCGCUUAUUUUUACGACCGAGCGCUGCGUCUUGAGCUGACAACUAACGUUAAAUCGGUCAUUUUAAAGUGGGGUUCCGUGCUCAGGACCACUGAACGGCCAUGGAAGAACUUACGGCGUUCGUCUCGAAAUCUUUCGAGCAGAAAACCAAGGAGAGCAGUAAGGAGAGUAUCACGUACAGGGAAGUUUUGGAGAGUGGCUUGGCGCGGGCGAGGGAGCUGGGGAACUCGGAGACAAGUCUACAGGACAUAACGGAAGGCAGCAACCACUGUCCGGUACAUCUAUUCAAGGAGCACGUAGAGCUAGAGAAAGAAAAACUGAAGGAGUUUAACGUUUCACGGGCCACGGAAGGGAUAUAUGAGUGUAAAGAGAAGAAGGAGGACGUAAAGUCUGAGGACGAGGACGCACAAAGCAAACUGAAGCAGCGACGGAGCAGGACAAACUUUACUCUGGAACAGCUCAAUGAGCUGGAGCGCCUGUUCGACGAAACGCACUACCCCGACGCAUUCAUGCGGGAAGAGCUGAGCCAGAGGCUGGGACUGUCAGAGGCGAGAGUGCAGGUUUGGUUUCAAAACAGAAGAGCGAAAUGUCGAAAACAAGAAAACCAGAUGCAUAAAGACACCUCUUCAUACUUUCCAGGUGUCACUCUGGGAAUUGCCAGUCAUCUGGAUGCCUGCAGAGUAGCUCCAUAUGUCAACAUGGGAGCGCUACGGAUGCCUUUUCAACAGGUCCAGGCCCAGCUCCAGUUGGAGGGCGUGGCUCACUCCCACCAUCACCUGCACCCUCACCUGGCGGCGCAUGCACCCUACCUGAUGUUCCCGCCUCCGCCCUUUGGACUACCAAUCGCCUCUCUCGCGGACUCAGCCUCUGCAGCGGCGGCCGUGGCGGCGGCUGCCAAGAGCAACAGCAAGAACUCUAGCAUCGCUGACCUCCGACUCAAGGCAGGACUUCUGCGGGGCCAGUGGCUCAGUCCACUCCAGGCACACAUCACAAGUCCAGGACCGUACAAACACAUGUGGAUGUCUGUCUGAGCCGAGGGCCGGGCCGGGCCAGGCCAGACCGGGAGACUUUAGAACAAAGCAAACUGGCAAAGCAGGCAAGCAGGGUCAAAUACUAGAGCCUCACUGAUGCCGAUGCCGUCACGUUGACUUUACAGACUAUUGUGUGUUUGGGAAAAGACACUGACACCACGAGGCAUCGGACUAAACAUUACACAAAAAAAAAACAAAAAUGAAGAAAAAAAGAGAAAAGAAAUGGCCAUGUUCUCUGUGUAACCACUGUGUUGUUUCCUGCCGUUGCCCAGUGCAUGAGUUCUAUUGGAGGACUGCAGACGUAUCACGGAGGCUGGCCAUGUUGUAUCCGACCUAACACCCCAACUCUGUUGUAUCACUGCCAUUCAAAAUUCCCACUAUAUAUACUCUCAUCCACAAAGUCAAAGAUCAUUGGGGUUUGAUUUCCUUGAAACUGUGGACUGACAGGAAUAGGCUAAUCUAAUCCCUUACUUUCUGCUUUUGGAGGAUGGAAAGUGUAAAUGUGUUUUGCUGGGAAUGAGUCCAAAAUAAGUUUUUUUUGCUGUUCUCCUCACAUUGUUCUCUCUCUCUCUAGCUUUCUUUCUUUCUGUUUAUCGUGAUGUUUCUUGGGAAUAGAAGUGAAGAUAUUCUUUGCACUUCAGGUCUUGUAUGUGGGAGUUUACAAACAGCACUACAAGCAGAUACUACUUUACUAAAUGAGGGUGGGGAAAGGAACCGAUUUGGGUUUUUAUCAUGUCAUCAAAAAGAGACGUUCACAAAACGUUUAGAAGGAUAAAGGGUAUAACUGCAAUUUUUUGUAAUUUUGAAAAUAUGAAGGAAGCAUCAGUUAAACUGAAAUGCAAUUGUGCGCAGUUUAAGUGCAAUACUGUAAAUAUGAAGAAAAAAGAGAGAAAAAGCAGUUAAUUGUUAGAGAUAAACAAAUGAUUUGCAGUGAUUUGUUUCAGGCACUGAUAAAUCCGUGUGUUGAAUUUCUUUGCCAAACAGACCCGUUUUUUCUAAAGCAUUGUAUAUUAUGUUAUGUUGCGAACUCAUCCUCAAUCAUGUGCCAUAACCCCAGAAAUGCAAUGGUUUUCAAACAUAGUUUUGUACACAUCAGGAAACUAUAAUAACUUGUUGAGGUAGACAUGAGCACCUGGGUUUGAUGCUGAAAUUAAUAACUGAAACUAGGAUCUGAAAUAAUUGAUCAUAAUCUAUUGCAUUAACAUGAGACAAAGCAUUAUGUCAAAUUCCACCAAAGAUUCUAACAAAUGUUACAAUUGAUGUUAUAGGAAAAAUAAAACCAUGGCAGUGUUAGGCCUGUACAUGUCAAACUUGCAUUUAUUUGCAUGUUCAUGUUGCAAUUUCAUGGUUUAACAACCCGAAUAAAUAAUGCCUACUAGCAAGUAUUAUAUUUGAAACAUUUGCAAAUUCAGAGGAUAAUGUUUUGUGUCAUUGAGAAGCAGAUCCUAGUAAGGUCUACCUCAAACAAUGUUUUACCAACACUUUCUCUGUUCUCAAACCACCAUUUACAGUUAUUUAGCAAUGUCUCCAUUUUAAAUUAAACACAUGGGUGCUUUUAUUUAUUAUUUUUGUCUGAAAGUUUAUACAAUUAAAAAAACAGUUGAAAUACAAGUGUACAUUUUGACAUGGCUUUGCAUUUAUUUUUAUAUGUUUUUUUAAAUGUUACAUUUGCAACGGGAGUUGCGUGGCUGUUGUGCAUUGUUUGCCUAAAAUGUAGCGUGUCAGCGUUUACAAACAUUUCAGGGAUGGUUGAAUUUGAUUAAGCUCCAUUGAAUUUGUUAUGCCUACCACAAGUAUUAUCAUUUCAUAUGCAAGCAUGCCUAAAACAUGAUUCACUAUACAGUUUGUAUUUUUUCCCUUUUGAUUCACAAAAUAUGAAUGUACAAGUAAACUACCAAUAAAGUUAUAAAUAUUUGUA